AUGAAAUCUGACAAAAAGAAGUCUGUAAGCCCUCCAAAAGAAUCAAUCCUUCCUCUAUCAGAAAACUCUGUGGAUUUGCGGUACAGUGUUUUUGAUGAAAAGAUCGCUUAUGACACAAGCAAACUUACAAUAGCAGAAUACUUCGAAAUGAUGGACCUAGAAGAUGGUGAACCCAGAGAUGAAUAUUUGAAAGAGAAACUAGAUGAGUUUAAAGUGAUCAUUCCUCCAUUAAAUCAGCAUUCGGAAAAAAUACUCAAGACCAAAGUCUAUAAAAGAAACUUAAAAUUGGCGAUUUUGAGUUUAUUGGGACACUACAAAAUGAAGAGUUUUCAGAUGACUUUGUACAAGAAGGAGUUUACAGAAAUAAUUAAUGCAUCACGUGAAAAUCUUUCUUUCAUUAAAGAUGUAGCCAAAUGUGGAGUGAUUAUUUACAACAUUCUUGAUGAUUCAGAACAAGCGGUUGAAGCUUCUUGGGUACUUAAUUCUCUUUCAUACUUCAUGCAAGAAUUAAAAGAAGAUGGAGAAAUAAGUAAAUUUACUCCCCCUCUUUUUAUUCUACUAUCCACGUUUAUGACUUGGUCUUUGAGCAAAUCUUUACACCCAAAAAUUCCAGAUCUUCCUUUCUCAGAAAAGGAUUACCGCAAGAGAACACCUCACCCAAAUUACCAAAUGCAUUAUGAAUUAGAAGAAGAAGUCAUUAGAGUAAAAUCAAGUGGUGAGAUUGAUGCUGUAAUUUUAACCUGUGGGAUCCCAUAUGGCCACGAAGAAAGCGUAUUUAGCUACUUCUUUGAAACAGCAGUCAACUGUAACGUAGAUGUACCAGUUUACUACGGCUCUGGCCAAAAUUUCUUUCCCGUCAUCCAUGUGGAAAACAUUGGAGAGAUUGUAAGAGAAGUUAUCAAGAAGUCUGAAAAAAUAACAUUACCAUUUUUAUUUGCCAAAGAUCCAAUAUCGUUUUAUAAAAAAGAUGUGAUCAAGGCAAUAACACGUGGCUUUGGAGCUGAAUGCUAUAAAAUCAUGCCUGAAGAAUUCUCAUUUUUUGGAAGAUGCUAUCACUUGGUAACACCAAAACUUAAGAAAACCCUCCCUCUCAGGGGUUUGUUGUUUUUUGGCAGUUCACUUCAGGACAUGGAGAAUCUACCCCAAAGACUGAGUCAGUAUUACAACAGCCUCUACCUAAGUCCUGAUGUUGCUGUACAAGAUUAUGUUUCCAAAAUGCUGGAUAAAAUAACCAAAUUCGAAGAACAAAAACAUACCGAAGAUGCAACUCAACAAAGAAUAGGUUUGGAGUUGGAGGGAGACCCCGUGAAAGUUCCAGACCUGAAAAAUAGAAGUAACGGAAGAACAUUCAUUCUGUACGAACGAAUGAAAAGUAGGGUGUGUCUUAUCCAUGGGUAUGUAUUAGAUGAUUUUCCAAAAACCUUGGAGGAAGCUCAGAGUCUAUUUUCAACAGAUGACAGAUACACAUUUCAGAGCAACGAUUCCAGUGGACACCCUCAUUUACCAGACUAUGUGGUAUAUUUGAACCAAGUAGAAGACGCCAUUCCAGAAUCAGCUGUAACAGGCGAUAAUGCUUAUCGCUAUUCAAAAGAAGGGCCCUCAUUUACGCCAGAUAACACAGUGAAAGUUUUAUCUCAAGACGAUAUCCAGCCGGUCAACAUAGAGAGCAAGACGGACACAAAAAUUGAAAAUACCGUGGAGGGCAUGAUAGAAGAACAAAAGUAA